GAAGCUCCAGCCUCUGCGGCGAGCGAGCUGUCAGCUCUGCCAGCGUGGGCCUUUAAACCCUCUUUCUCGGGGAUAAUCCAGCCUGUGGAACACUGAAUCUCAUGUUUAUGUUUCUGUCUGCGUACUUGUGGGUUUAACGAUAACAGGACCGAGCGAUGUCUGCGCCGGGUUUCACAAACCUGAACAGCUACAGCCAGAACUCGACGCCGAAUGGCGGAGCUGCGCCUUCCUAUAAAAACGGUCCAACACAGACCUACACAUCCAUGUAUCCAGCGACGGCAUACUAUGGCGCUCCACCUCCUCAACAGCACUACACUACUGUUUCCGGUCAUCACACUCCUGUUUCCAGCAAGCCGGUCAUAACGAACAGUAUGAACUAUUAUCAGAACAACAUUCCACAGCAGCACCUCCCUCAACAUCAUGCAGCUCCCUCAUCAUACAGUACGCCCCAAAGCUCUGUGCCACCUCCUCAGCCAUAUGCCACAGCCCCUGCCGCCCUCCAUCCACCAUCAGAUGUCAAAUACAGUCAACAUUCAUUCCAGCAGCAGCAUCAUCAUCCACCCUACAACACGCCAGGAAACUACUAUAAUCAGCAAUCAUUUCAGCCUCUGCAGCCCCAGGCGCAUCCCACUUUGGUUCCUGCUUCUGCUAGCAACAGUGGUACUCCCAUUUACCCCAUUGUUUCAUAUCCAUCUCUACCAGGAAGUAGCCAAUAUGGCACUUUGAGUUCAUCCCAGAACAGUUCCACAUCCAGAGUCAUGCCCAGUUUAAUUGCUGCACCUUUACAUCAGUACAGCUCCUCUCAGCCAUCCUCUACAACAGCAGUACAGCCUGGUUACAGUGUGGCUCCUCCCAGUCAACUGACACCAACUGUCAAUGGUCAAGGAAGCACAGCUGCAGGCCAAACCACAGCACACCAACAGUAUAACCAAAGCCACCAGACGUCUUUGAACUAUGGUUCGUAUAGCAGUAAAAGCCCUGAAGGAGAUCAACCACCCUCAGUGACCUCCUCUGCCUCAGUCCAUUCCUCUCCAGGCCUCCAUCACGGCAUGCAGUAUGGAUAUGUUGGUAAUAGUGGAGCUAGCUCUGCCGCCACUUCUGGCCCAGCCGCAGCCCCCUCGUCAUCCGGCUCUGAUGAGGAGGAGGAGGAAGACGAGGAGGAGGAUGAGGAAGCAGGUGGUGAGACGUCUUCUUCCACCACCGGAAGUGCCUCUCCGGUGCCCAACAGCUAUGACUGCCUGGAAGGUGGAAACUAUCCGGGUUUAGAUUGUUUGCCUCCUUCCAAUGACAUGACCAACCAGGCCUCGCCUUAUGGUAACUAUGGUUACCAAACCAUGCAGCCAGCCUGUCGGGCGGGACCAACAUCCCACACGAACCCCUCACCCUCCCAUAACAUGUAUGGGCAGCCAAACUACCAGCAGUACUCCCAGCCAUUCCCAAACCUCUCCCAGCUAUCUGCGGCCCUGGGUGGCCUGGGCGGGCUUCCAGAGAUGGAAGUGGAUGCCCUGAGGCCGGUCAACCUGCUGCAGGAGAAGAACUUGUUGCCCCCAAGGCCCCUGGAGGCGCCUGAACCAAACCUCAGCCCUGAAUUAAAGAAGGUCAACUGCAGUCCACAGACUUUCAGGUGCACUCUGACCAGCAUCCCCCAGACCCAGGCACUCCUGAACAAGGCCAGGCUCCCUCUGGGUCUCCUCCUGCACCCCUUCAGAGACCUGCAGCAGUUACCGGUGAUCACAUCAAACACAAUAGUGCGCUGUCGCUCUUGUCGUACUUACAUCAACCCAUUUGUCACCUUCCUCGACCAGCGUAGAUGGAAGUGUAACCUCUGUUACCGGGUCAAUGAUGUUCCAGAUGAAUUUAUGUACAACCCGGUGACCAGGUCGUACGGUGAGCCCCACAAGAGACCUGAAGUCCAAAACUCCACCGUGGAGUUCAUUGCUUCUUCAGACUACAUGUUACGACCCCCUCAGCCAGCGGCUUACCUUUUUGUGCUCGACGUGUCUCACAAUGCGGUGGAAGCUGGUUAUUUUAGGUAUUUCUGCGAGUUGUUGCUGGACAACCUGGAUAGGUUGCCCGGCGAUACACGCACGAGAGUAGGCUUCCUCACCUUCGACAGCACCAUCCAUUUCUACAAGCUGCAGGAGGGACUCUCUCAACCGCAGAUGCUGGUGGUGUCGGACAUCGACGAUAUUUUCAUACCUUCUCAUGACAGUUUGAUGGUCAACCUGAAGGAAAGCAAAGAGCUGGUGAAGGACCUGCUGACGUCCUUACCGACUAUGUUCAGUCAGAACAGGGAGACCCACAGUGCUCUCGGUCCGGCGUUACAGGCGGCCUUCAAGCUCAUGUCACCUACCGGGGGGCGUGUCUCAGUGUUCCAGACUCAGCUGCCUACCCUGGGUGCUGGUCUGCUGCAGUCAAGGGAAGACCCCAACCAACGGUCGAGCACUAAGGGAGUGCAGCAUUUGGGCCCAGCCACAGACUUCUACAAGAAACUUGCACUGGACUGCUCAGGACAACAGAUCGGGGUGGAUCUCUUCCUGCUCAGUUCCCAGUAUGCUGACCUUGCCUCACUAGCAUGUAUAUCCAAGUAUUCAGCUGGUAGCAUCUUUUAUUAUCCCUCCUUCCAUCACAUCCACAACCCGGCCCAGCUGGAGAAGUUCCAGAAGGAUCUAGAGCGCUACCUCACCAGGAAGAUUGGCUUUGAGGCGGUCAUGAGAAUACGAUGCACUAAAGGUUUGUCCAUCCACACGUUCCACGGUAACUUCUUUGUGCGUUCUACCGACCUGCUGUCCCUGGCCAAUGUGAACCCAGACUCUGCCUUCGCUGUCCAGAUGUCAAUUGAAGACUCGCUGGCAGACUCCUCUCUGGCCUGCUUCCAGGCUGCUCUGCUCUACACCUCCAGUAAAGGAAAGCGGCGUAUCCGAGUUCACACGCUCUGUCUGCCGGUGGUCAGCCAGCUGAGUGAUGUGUACGCUGGAGCUGAUGUUCAGGCUAUCACCUGUCUGUUGGCCAACAUGGCCAUUGACAGGUCGAUAUCGUCCAGCCUGUCGGAUGCUCGGGAUGCCCUGGUGAACGCAGUGGUGGAUUUGGUGAGCGCCUACAAGAGCAGUGUGUCGAACCUGCAGCAGUCCGGCCUCGUUGUUCCUGCUGCUUUGCACCUCUUUGCCCUCUACAUUCUCGCUCUGCUGAAACAGAAAGCACUGAGGACCGGCACCAGCACGCGGCUGGAUGAGCGCGUCUUUGCCAUGUGCGAGUUCAAGACGCAGCCGCUGCAGCAGCUGAUGCGGAUGGUUCAUCCUGACCUGUACCAACUGGACAACAUGUCUGACCAGGGGGCGCUCCAUCUAAACGAUGCAGUGGUUUCUCAGCCUCAUCUGCUCCACCUGUCUGCUGAGUGGCUGAGUCGAGACGGUGCUUUCCUCAUGGACUGUGGAAAUGCUUUCUACCUAUGGAUCAGUAAAUGCUGCAGCGAUUUGUUCAUCCGAGAUGUCCUGGGCUGUCCAGACUACACUUCAGUUCCACCGAACAUGACUGUGGUUCCUGAGCUGAGCACUCCUCUGUCUGAGCGGGUACGAGCAUUCAUCGACUGGCUGCAGGAGAACAGAGCCUUCAGCUCCACUCUCCACGUUAUCAAAGAUGAUUCCUCGCUGAGGACUACUUUCCUCCAGCACCUGGUGGAGGAUCGGUCUGAGUCGGCUUCUUCGUACCAUGAAUUCCUGCAGCACAUCCAGCAGCAAAUGACCAAGUAGGCUACCGCCACACCAAGACAAACGUCACAAAGCUCAAAACGGACCGAAGGAUCUCGCCGUUGUACAAUGACGAGCAGCGUUAACUGAUGACCGCUCAUUCAGUCUCUAGCACACCAGUGGGCAACACCCCCCUUCAUACAAAUGAUCACAUUAAAACAAACCCCGCCCUUUUUGUUGACUGGUCAGUAAUGAUUUGCCCAGCAGAUGAGUGUCCUGUAGAAAAAGACUGAAAAGCUGUAGAUGGGAAUGAUGAAGAGAUGUGAGGGAACGGGAACAAAUUUUUGAUUCCUACAAGAUGGGAAUGAUGAAGAGAUGUGAGGGAACGGGAACAAAUUUUUGAUUCCUACAAUCGGCACGUUCUCACUGACUGUGGAAUCCUUCGCUCGUGAGAAAUGAAGCCAAGAUGAUGCUACUAUUUUUUUUUUUUUUUUUUUUUUUUUUUUUUUUUUUUGAGCCUCACAUGUAGCUCAUGAUUUUUUUUAUUAUAAAUAUUUAUUCACUUCAUUACCAUUUUUUUUUAAGAUUUUUGAAAACACUGGAAAACAAACUUUUUUUUUUUUUUUGCUCUAACAAUGCUUUAAAAAAUGUUGUUUUGUUCACCGCUGCUCUGAGAACAGAUGAUGACGAGGACAGUUAAAACCCUUUGUUGAUUCUCUAUCAUUUCAAGCUCCGUAUUUUAUUUUCCCCAGAUGCUAACUGAAGUUAUUUUCCACUUUGUAAUUAGUGAAAAGAAUCUUUUAUGUGCGAUAAUUUAUGAACAGGCUUAAUAAAUAAUUUAAAAACA